AAGGGGGGGGUGACAAUUUUCUUUUCUGAGCCACUCAGCCAGCAAUGCACCUGCACCCUGUACCUGGGCACGGUGCCGCCCUGCACGCAGCAGCCCCAGGGGUGGCUACUCCCCCCGCUGCCCGGGGCACGGUCCCGCCGCUAUAAAAAGGCCCCUCGGGCGGACGGCGCUGGGUGUAGCUGAUACAGCAGCAGAAGGAGCUUGUGCCGGGGACAGCCACCGCAAACCCUGGGUUGGGUGGUAGCCACCGACAGGUCCAAGCUACACAGAAUGCGUGAAAUCGUGCACCUUCAGAUCGGCCAGUGCGGGAACCAAAUUGGAGCUAAGUUCUGGGAGGUGAUAAGUGAUGAACACGGCAUUGACAUCGCUGGAAACUACCGUGGGGAUGCGUCGCUGCAGCUCGAGCGAAUUAACGUCUACUUCAAUGAGGCUUACUCCCAUAAAUACGUGCCCCGUUCUAUCUUGGUGGACCUGGAGCCCGGUACGAUGGACAGUGUACGGUCUAGCAAAAUAGGCCCACUCUUUCGCCCUGACAAUUUCAUUCAUGGAAAUUCAGGCGCUGGAAACAACUGGGCCAAGGGCCACUACACAGAAGGUGCUGAACUGAUUGAGAACGUCAUGGAUGUGGUCAGGAAUGAGUGUGAGAGCUGUGACUGCCUUCAGGGCUUCCAGCUCAUCCAUUCACUGGGGGGUGGUACAGGCUCAGGUAUGGGCACACUCCUCAUCAACAAAAUCCGAGAAGAAUAUCCCGACAGGAUCAUGAACACCUUCAGUGUUGUGCCUUCACCCAAAGUGUCCGACACAGUCGUAGAGCCAUAUAACGCCAUUCUCUCCAUCCAUCAGCUAAUAGAGAAUACAGAUGAAACCUUUUGCAUUGACAACGAAGCUCUAUACGAUAUAUGUUUUAGGACUUUAAAGCUCACCAACCCCACCUACGGUGACCUCAACCACCUAGUGUCCCUAACCAUGAGUGGUGUCACAACCUCCCUCCGCUUUCCUGGUCAGCUGAAUGCAGAUCUGCGGAAGCUGGCCGUUAACAUGGUGCCCUUCCCUCGCCUCCACUUCUUUAUGCCGGGCUUUGCUCCACUGACGGCUCGAGGCAGCCAACAGUACAGAGCCCUCUCGGUGCCGGAGCUUACUCAGCAGAUGUUUGAUGCCCGCAACAUGAUGGCAGCCUGCGACCCUCGUCGUGGCCGGUACUUGACCGUGGCGUGCAUCUUCAGAGGCCGAAUGUCUACCAGAGAGGUGGACGAGCAGCUGCUGGCUGUCCAGACCAAGAAUAGUUCCUACUUUGUGGAGUGGAUCCCUAAUAACGUCAAAGUGGCCGUGUGUGACAUACCCCCGCGAGGACUGAAGAUGGCAGCGACCUUUAUUGGCAAUAACACAGCCAUUCAGGAGCUCUUCAUCAGGGUUUCCGAACAGUUCUCAGCCAUGUUCAGAAGAAAAGCGUUUCUCCACUGGUACACGGGGGAAGGCAUGGAUGAGAUGGAAUUUUCUGAAGCAGAAGGUAACACCAAUGACCUCGUGUCCGAGUACCAGCAGUACCAGGAUGCCACUGCAGAUGUUGAGGAAUAUGAAGAGGUAGAAGUGGAAGCCAGCCCGGAAAAGGAAGCAGCAUAAAAACAAUGGUAAUGUCAAAACACUCCCCAAACGAGCCUCUUGGCACUCACUAAAGAAAAGGCAGUAGCCAUCAGCUGCAUGCUGAAAAUAACACCUUUCUUAAGAAUUUCUUCUCUGCAUCUGGCCAAAACAUACCCAAUAUUAAAUACAGUGCUUUUGAAAUUAACGGCAGCUAUGCUUUACUCCCCCGAGCAACUGUUGUCACUGAAUCUCUCCCGAAGAGCCGCUAUGAAGACAAGUCGUCUCCUAACAGCCUUCCUUGUAAACGGAGUCACUUUCAGAGUAUUACCACCAGCCACUGAGGGUCAUACGCAGCCCCUCUGCCUGUAUGUGUCGGGGUCAGCAACAGCAAAACUUGCCACCAGCUCAUCAGCUUUAUUUAUUCUGGGGCAGACACCGUCCUGCUCCGUCCGUGCCCCUGUUGCAGAGAGGCAGGGCCCCCCCGCAGCGACCCACGGCUGCCAUGCCCAGCUCCUGCGGCUGGGGGGGACAACGCAGGGAAAAAGACUGAAUGUGCACAGUCUUACUUUUUUUUUUUUAAAAAGUAUUUUACUAGUUCUGUCACAUUGCUGGCUUAUAUUAUUGCAGAGCUUGGAUUCAUUAACCUUGUGUGGUUUGUUUCUAUUUCAAACUGUAGAUCGAGUUGUAUUAGCACACACAGCUGUGAACACUCCGUAGAAGUUUUACUGUGGGUUCCCCCUCGCCCCCCGUGUACUAACUAUUGUAAACUUUCUUCCUGUCAUUCAGCGCAGCAAAAUGGAUGGAAUGGUUUGCAGCUAGUUAGUAAGUCCCAUGGCAAUCGCUAAAUCAAAACCGUAUCUUUACUUCAGGAAAAAAAGUUUCUCGCCAUUCACAGCCAUCUACUUAAGACUGUAUUUAUAAUAUUCUUUAAAUAAAAAUUGUAUACCAUUCUCUAAAAUACUUUAAUACUUGAAACAUUGGAUAGACAAAAAUCAGUUUAUUCUUGUAAGGACUAACUUUUUUUGAUGUAACAUAUAUAUAUGGAGAAAUGGAGUUUGUUUUAUUAUGCUCUUUGAAGAGAGUUUAUUAAACUGUGAGUUUGAGUCGA